AUGAAAAGUGUAUCGCGCGCGUCCGGCGCCCCGCGCGACGCGGGCGCGACGUACGAAGGACGCGCGCGACGCCGGGGUGGAUCACACGCGAUCUGCGCGAUCGUCGCGAUCGUCGCGUGCGCGCUCGCGCUCGGCGCCGAACGCGCGAACGCCGCGGACGGUGUUUUUACGGAUAAAACCAACCUUACAUCCGCUCUCGAUUCUUGCAGCGGGGACUUCACCACGUGCACGCACGGGGCGACAAACGUCUCGAUCGCGAACUGGGACGUGAGCGCGGUGACCGACAUGUCGAGCUUGUUCUCGCAGAAAAGUUCGUUCAACGCGAACAUCUCCGCCUGGAACACCGCGAGCGUGGCAAGCAUGAAUUACAUGUUCUACAAUGCGGCGGCGUUCAACCAAGACAUCUCCGCCUGGAACACCGCGAAAGUGACAACCAUGGAAGGGAUGUUCAAGGGUGCGGCGGCGUUCAAUCAAGACAUCUCCGCCUGGAACACCACGAAAGUGACACGCGUGGAGGAGAUGUUCUCCAAUGCGGCGGCGUUCGACCAAAACAUCUCCGCCUGGAACACCGCGAAAGUGACAAGCAUGAGUUACAUGUUCUCCAAUGCGGCGGCGUUCAACCAAGACAUCGCCGCUUGGAACACCACGAGCGUGACAAGCAUGGUCUCGAUGUUCUCCAAUGCGGCGGCGUUCAACCAGAACAUCUCCGCCUGGAACACCGCGAGCGUGGCAAGCAUGAAUUACAUGUUCUCCAAUGCGGCGGCGUUCAACCAGAACAUCUCCGCCUGGAACAUCGCGAGCGUGGCAAGCAUGAGUUACAUGUUCUCCAAUGCGGCGGCGUUCAACCAAAACAUCUCCGCCUGGAACACCGCGAAAGUGACAAGCAUGAGUUACAUGUUCUCCAAUGCGGCGGCGUUCAACCAAGACAUCUCCGCCUGGAACACCGCGAAAGUGACAAGCAUGAGUUACAUGUUCUCCAAUGCGACGGCGUUCAACCAAGACAUUUCCGCCUGGAACACCACGAAAGUGACAAGCAUGAGUUACAUGUUCUCCAAUGCGGCGGCGUUCAACCAAGACAUCACGGGUUGGAACACCGCGAGCGUGACAAACAUGGCCUCGAUGUUUUCCAAUGCGACGGCGUUCAACCAAAACAUCUCCGCCUGGAACACCGCGAGCGCGAACACCAUGGAAGGGAUGUUCUUCAAUGCGUUUGCGUUCAACCAACGCAUCUCCGCCUGGAACACCGCGAGCGUGACAAACAUGGAAGGGAUGUUCUCCAAUGCGGCGGCGUUCAACCAAAGCAUCUCCGCCUGGAACACCGCGAGCGUGACAAACAUGUAUUCGAUGUUCUCCAAUGCGGCGGCGUUCAACCAAGACAUCUCUGCAUGGAACACCGCGAAAGUGACAAACAUGACAGGGAUGUUCUUCAUGACGGUGGCGUUCAAUCAAGACAUCUCCGCCUGGAACACCGCGAAAGUGACAAACAUGAUGUACAUGUUCUCCUAUACUUUGUCGUUCAACGCGAACAUCUCCGCCUGGAACACCGCGAGCGUGAUGGACAUGGAAUGGAUGUUCUCCGGUGCGGCGGCGUUCAACCAAGACAUCUCCGCCUGGAACACCACGAGCGUGACAAGCAUGAGUUACAUGUUCGCCAAUGCGGCGGCGUUCAACCAAGACAUCUCCGCCUGGAACACCGCGAGCGUGACAAACAUGGGUACGAUGUUCUACGCAGCGGCGGCGUUCAACCAAGACAUCUCCGCCUGGAACACCGCGAGCGUGACAAACAUGGCGGAGAUGUUCUCCGAUACGGCGGCGUUCAACCAAAACAUCUCCGCCUGGAACACCGCGAGCGUGACAAACAUGAUGUACAUGUUCUACAAUGCGGCGGCGUUCAACCAAGACAUCUCCGCCUGGAACACCGCGAGCGUGACAAACAUGGAAGGGAUGUUCUUCAAUGCGGCGGCGUUCAACCAAGACAUCUCCGCCUGGAACACCGCGAGCGUGACAAACAUGGUCGUGAUGUUCUCCAAUGCGGCGGCGUUCAACCAAGACAUCACGGGUUGGAACUCAUCCAGUCUCUCAUUAUCCACCGACAUGUUCAAGGGCGCGACGGCGUGGCUCGUUCGCUACGUGAAGUCAAACAGCAGCGAUACCUCGUUCGACGGUCCCACGAGCACCUGGCGCUGGAUGUUUUGGACUAAAACAGACCUUUCAUCCGCUCUCAAUGCUUGCAGCGGGAACUUCACCACGUGCACACACGGCGCGACAAACGUCUCGAUCGCGAACUGGGACGUGAGCGCGGUGACCGACAUGUCGAGGUUGUUCAAGGACAAAAGUUCGUUCAACGCGAACAUCUCCGCCUGGAACACCGCGAGCGUGACAAACAUGGCGGAGAUGUUCUCCAAUGCGGCGGCGUUCAACCAAAACAUCUCCGCGUGGAACAUCGCGAGCGUGAAACUCAUGGGCUCGAUGUUCUCCGAUGCGGCGGCGUUCAACCAAGACAUCUCCGCCUGGAACACCGCGAAAGUGACAUACAUGGAUUCGAUGUUCUACAAUGCGACGGAGUUCAACCAAGACAUCGCCGCCUGGAACACCACGAGCGUGGCAAACAUGGCGGAGAUGUUCUCCAAUGCGGCGGCGUUCAACCAAAACAUCUCCGCGUGGAACACCGCGAGCGUGAUGGACAUGGAAGGGAUGUUCUCCAAUGCGACGGCGUUCAACCAAAACAUCGCCGCCUGGAACACCGCGAAAGUGACAAACAUGGUCUCGAUGUUCUACAAUGCGACGGCGUUCAACGCGAACAUCUCCGCCUGGAACACCACGAAAGUGACAAACAUGGUCUCGAUGUUCUCCAAUGCGGCGGCGUUUAACCAAAGCAUCUCCGCCUGGAACACCGCGAGCGUGACAAACAUGGCGGAGAUGUUCUAUCGAGCGGCGACUUUCAACCAAGAAAUCUAUGCCUGGAACACCGCGAGCGUGACAAGCAUGGAAGGGAUGUUCUCCAAUACGGCGGCGUUCAACCAAGACAUCUCCGCCUGGAACGCCACGAGCGUGACAAACAUGGAAGGGAUGUUCUCCAAUUCGACGGCGUUUAACCAAGACAUCUCCAACUGGAACACCGCGAGCGUGACAAACAUGGCCUCGAUGUUUUCCAAUGCGACGGCGUUCAACCAAGACAUCUCCGCCUGGAACACCGCGAGCGUGACAUACAUGGAUUCGAUGUUCUACCACGCGGCGGCGUUCGACCAAGACAUAUCCGCCUGGAACACCGCGAAAGUGACAAGCAUGGAUUACAUGUUCUCCAAUACGGCGGCGUUCAACCAAAACAUCACGGGUUGGAAGUCAUCCGGUCCACCGGAACGCUUCGCUACUGCUAGAAACAGCGCCACAGCGUUCAACCAAAACAUCUCCGCCUGGAACACCACGAGCGUGACAAGCAUGAGUUACAUGUUCUCCAAUGCGGCGGCGUUCAACCAAGACAUCUCCGCCUGGAACACCGCGAGCGUGACAAACAUGGGCUCGAUGUUCUCCAAUGCGGCGGCGUUCAACCAAAACAUCUCCGCCUGGAACACCGCGAGCGUGACAAACAUGGAUUACAUGUUCUCCAAUGCGACGGCGUUCAACCAAGACAUCACGGGUUGGAACUCAUCCAGUCUCUCAUCAUCCACCGACAUGUUCAAGGGCGCGACGGCGUGGCUCGUUCGCUACGUGAAGUCAAACAGCAGCGAUACCUCGUUCGACGGUCCCACGAGCACCUGGCGCUGGAUGUUUAGGAAUCGAAAUGACCUUACAUCCGCUCUCGAUGCUUGCAGCGGGAACUUCACCACGUGCACACACGGCGCGACAAACGUCUCGAUCGCGAACUGGGACGUGAGCGCGGUGACCGACAUGUCGAGGUUGUUCAAGGACAAAAGUUCGUUCAACGCGAACAUCUCCGCCUGGAACACCGCGAGCGUGACAAACAUGGCGGAGAUGUUCUCCAAUGCGGCGGCGUUCAACCAAAACAUCUCCGCGUGGAACAUCGCGAGCGUGAAACUCAUGGGCUCGAUGUUCUCCGAUGCGGCGGCGUUCAACCAAGACAUCUCCGCCUGGAACACCGCGAAAGUGACAUACAUGGAUUCGAUGUUCUACAAUGCGACGGAGUUCAACCAAGACAUCGCCGCCUGGAACACCACGAGCGUGACAAACAUGUAUUCGAUGUUCUCCAAUGCGGCGGCGUUCAACCAAGACAUCUCUGCAUGGAACACCGCGAAAGUGACAAACAUGACAGGGAUGUUCUUCAUGACGGUGGCGUUCAAUCAAGACAUCUCCGCCUGGAACACCGCGAAAGUGACAAACAUGAUGUACAUGUUCUCCUAUACUUUGUCGUUCAACCAAGACAUCUCCGCCUGGAACACCGCGAGCGUGAUGGACAUGGAAUGGAUGUUCUCCGGUGCGGCGGCGUUCAACCAAGACAUCUCCGCCUGGAACACCACGAGCGUGACAAGCAUGAGUUACAUGUUCUCCAAUGCGGCGGCGUUCAACCAAAGCAUCUCCGCCUGGAACACCGCGAAAGUGACAAGCAUGGCGGAGAUGUUCUAUCGAGCGGCGGCUUUCAACCAAGAAAUCUAUGCCUGGAACACCGCGAAAGUGACAAGCAUGGAAGGGAUGUUCUCCAAUACGGCGGCGUUCAACCAAAACAUCUCCGCCUGGAACACCGCGAGCGUGACAAACAUGGAAGGGAUGUUCUCCAAUUCGACGGCGUUUAACCAAGACAUCUCCAACUGGAACACCGCGAGCGUGACAAACAUGGCCUCGAUGUUUUCCAAUGCGACGGCGUUUAACCAAAACAUCGCCGCCUGGAACACCGCGAGCGUGACAUACAUGGAUUCGAUGUUCUACCACGCGGCGGCGUUCAACCAAGACAUAUCCGCCUGGAACACCGCGAAAGUGACAAGCAUGGAUUACAUGUUCUCCAAUACGGCGGCGUUCAACCAAAACAUCACGGGUUGGAAGUCAUCCGGUCCACCGGAACGCAUCUCUCCUGCUAGAAACAGCGCCACAGCGUUCAACCAAAACAUCUCCGCCUGGAACACCACGAGCGUGACAAGCAUGAGUUACAUGUUCUCCAAUGCAGCGGCGUUCAACCAAGACAUCUCCGCAUGGAACACCGCGAGCGUGACAAGCAUGGAAGGGAUGUUCUCCAAUGCGACAGCGUUUAACCAAGACAUCUAUGCCUGGAACACCGCGAAAGUGACAAACAUGAACUCGAUGUUCUCCAAUGCGACGGCGUUCAACGAAGACAUCACGGGUUGGAACUCAUCCAGUCUCUCGUCAUCCACCGACAUGUUCAAGGGCGCGACGGCGUGGCUCGCUCGCUACAUGAAGUCUAACAGCAGCGAUACCUCGUUCGACGGUCCCGCGAGCAGCUGGCACAAGAUACCGCCGCCGCCGAGCCCGCCGCCGAGCCCGCCGCCGAGCCCGCCGCCGAGCCCGCCGCCGAGUCCGCCGCCGAGUCCACCGCCGAGCCCGCCGCCGCCGAGUCCACCGCCGAGUCCGCCGCCGAGUCCACCGCCGAGCCCGCCGCCGCCGAGUCCACCGCCGAGUCCGCCGCCGAGUCCACCGCCGAGUCUGAACGGCGGUUUGACAGAUUUAGAACAAGCUGCCAUCGGCGUCGGAUGCAUCACAGCAGCGAUCGUCAUCGGCAAUACUAUCCGCGUCAGACUUCGCCGUUACGCCGACGACAAGCUGCACGCGCGUCGCGGCGUCUAUGAGGGCGCCGCGCCGGCGCCGCAAAUCGUCGUCGUGCAGCGGUAA